AUGGUUCUCAUCGUGGCAUCAUUAUUUCUGCCUUACCAACCUCAAUUCGAACUGGACACCUCUCUUCCCGAGAACUCAGGCGUUGAUUCGUCUCUUGUGAACGUUCAGGUAAAAGCUAAUGAUCAGCAGCAACAGCGUGCGUUAUCCAACAAUAUCUCACAGGAGUCAUUGGUCGCGCCUGCACCAGAGCAAGGUGUACCACCAGCAAUCUCAAGGAGCGCUACCAGAUCACCCAGCGCCUUUAACCGCACCUCAUCUACGACCAACACAGCAACUCUAGAUGACCUUGUCUCUUCAGAUGUAUUCAUGGAGAACUUGACCGCGAAUGCAACCACCUCGCAUACGCCUACAAGUAAGACAAUGCUCAAACCCCGGAACAAAGCUUCCGUGGAACGAUUCUUUUCUCCUUCUUCUAAUAUUCCCACGGAUCGUAUCGCAUCGCCAAUCCAGCAUGAGCAUGACUCCGGUUCGAGAAUCGCUUCCCCACUACAACAGCAACAGCAGGACCCCACAGCCAACUUACUAAAGAAUGUGAACAAAUCAUUGCUAGUGCACUCGCUACUGAAUAACACCUCACAGACCAGUCUUGAGGGACCCAAUAACCACAUUGUGACUCCAAAGUCGAGGGCGGGCAACAGGCCUUCUUCGGCGGCUACAUCUUUAGUUAACAGGACCAAACAAGCCACGGCUUCUUCUGGCUCUUCUGGCUCUUCUGGAUCAUCCGCCCCGCCAUCUAUUAAGCGCAUUUCGCCGCAUUUAGCCGCCGCUAAACAACGCCCCUUAUUGGUUAAACAACCAUCUAACUUAAAGUACUCGGAGUUGGCAGAUAUUUCGUCGAGUGAGACGUCUUCGCAACAUAAUGAAUCUGACCCGGACGACCUGACUACUGCUCCGGAUGAGGAGUACGUUUCGGACCUGGAAAUGGACGACGCGAAGCAGGACUACAAGGUUCCACAGUUCGGCGGCUAUUCCAAUAAAUCUAAGCUCAAGAAGUACGCGCUGUUAAGGUCGUCUCAGGAACUGUUUAGCCGUCUCCCUUGGUCAAUCGUACCCUCUAUAAAGGGUAACGGCGCCAUGAAGAAUGCCAUAAACACAGCAGUCUUGGAGAACAUCAUUCCGCACCACGAUGUCAAGUGGGUCGGUACCGUGGGCAUACCAACGGAUGAGAUCCCAGACAAUAUACUUGAAAAUAUCUCUAGCUCUUUGAAAGAUGAGUACGAAUCUUAUCCAGUUCUUACGGACGACGUCACUUUCAAAGCUGCGUACAAAAACUACUGUAAACAGAUCUUGUGGCCGACACUGCAUUACCAAAUACCAGACAAUCCGAACUCCAAGGCCUUCGAAGACCACUCUUGGAAGUUUUAUAGAAAUUUGAAUCAGAAGUUUGCCGACGCGAUCAUCAAGAUCUAUAAGAAAGGCGACACUGUCUGGAUCCACGAUUACCACUUAAUGUUGGUUCCACAGAUGGUUAGGAAUGCUUUGCCCUUUGCCAAGAUAGGAUUCACCUUGCACGUCUCGUUCCCGAGUAGUGAAGUAUUCAGAUGUUUAGCUCAGCGUGAGAAGAUUUUGGAGGGUUUGACUGGUGCUGAUUUUGUUGGCUUCCAGACAAGAGAGUAUGCAAGGCAUUUCUUGCAGACGUCCAACCGUCUGCUGAUGGCGGAUGUGGUGCAUGACGAAGAACUCAAGUACAACGGUAGGGUUGUUUCCGUGAAAUUUACCCCAGUCGGAAUCGAUGCCUUUGAUUUGCAAUCCCAAUUGAAGGAUGGAAGCGUCACGCAGUGGCGUCAAUUGAUUCGCGAAAGAUGGCAGGGGAAAAAGCUGAUUGUUUGCCGUGAUCAAUUCGACAGGAUUAGGGGCAUCCACAAGAAAUUGCUGGCCUAUGAAAAAUUUCUGAUCGAGAAUCCAGAAUACGUGGAAAGCUCGACCUUAAUUCAAAUCUGUAUUGGGAGCAGUAAAGAUGUAGAACUGGAACGCCAGAUUAUGCUUGUUGUGGAUAGAAUUAACUCUUUAUCCACUAACAUUAGCAUUUCUCAACCCGUUGUAUUCUUGCAUCAAGACCUGGAUUUCUCCCAGUAUCUAGCGUUGAGUUCAGAGGCAGACCUGUUCGUAGUCAGUUCUCUAAGAGAAGGUAUGAAUUUGACAUGUCACGAAUUUAUCGUUUGUUCCGAGGACAAAAACGCUCCCUUGUUGCUAUCUGAAUUCACGGGUAGUGCCUCGUUAUUGAAUGAUGGUGCUAUAUUGAUUAACCCAUGGGAUACCAAGAAUUUUGCUCAAUCCAUUCUCAAAGGUUUGGAGAUGCCAUUUGAUGAGAGAAGACCACAAUGGAAGAAACUAAUGAAAGAUAUUAUUAACAAUGACUCCACAAAUUGGAUUAAAUCUUCCUUACAAGAUAUUCAUAUUUCGUGGCAAUUCAAUCAAGAAGGUUCCAAGAUUUUCAAAUUGAACACGAAAACUUUACUGAAGGAUUAUCAAUCAACUAAAAAACGUAUGUUUCUAUUCAACAUCGCUGAGCCUCCCACCUCCAGAAUUAUUUCAGUACUGAAUGACAUGACUUCGAAGGGAAAUAUCGUUUACAUUAUGAACUCAUUCCCAAAGGCAAUCCUAGAAAAUCUCUACAGCCGUGUACAAAACAUUGGGUUAAUCGCUGAAAACGGAGCAUACGUUAGCUUAAAUGGUGUAUGGUACAAUAUUGUCGACCAGGUCGAUUGGCGUAACGAUGUAGCCAAGAUUCUGAAGGACAAAGUGGAAAGAUUGCCUGGAUCAUACUAUAAGAUCAAUGAAUCCAUGAUCAAGUUCCAUACUGAAAACGCAGAAGAUCAAGACCGUGUAGCCAGUGUUAUUGGUGAUGCCAUCACUCAUAUCAAUACCGUAUUUGAUCAUAAGGGUAUACAUGCGUAUGUUUAUAAAAACGUGGUUUCCGUACAGCAAGUUGGGCUUUCCUUAUCUGCAGCGCAAUUUCUUUUUAGAUUCUAUAAUUCUGCUUCGGAUCCGCUAGAUACCAGUUCCGGUCAAAUCACAAAUAUCCAGACACCAUCUCAGCAGAAUCCCUCGGAUCAAGAACAGCAGCCUCCAGCCUCACCUACUGUGUCAAUGAAUCAUAUUGAUUUUGCAUGCGUUUCUGGUUCAUCGUCUCCUGUGCUGGAACCAUUGUUCAAGUUGGUUAACGAUGAAGCUAGCGAAGGCCAAGUAAAAGUCGGUCAUGCCAUUGUUUAUGGUGAUGCCACUUCCACCUAUGCCAAAGAACAUGUAAACGGACUAAAUGAACUUUUCAUGAUCAUUUCAAGAAUCAUCGAAGAUUAA